AUGAGUUUGCAAAUUGAAUUUCUGAAAUCGCCGCCUGUUUUUCAACCUGGCGAAAAAGUCGAAGGAUUUGUGAUUUUGGAGCUGGAUGAGGAUAUGAAGGUGGGAUUUUUUGGGGAUGAAUUUUGAAAAUUUGAAAAUUUGAACCUUGGUUCGGGAUUGUGAAGUGUUUACAAUAUCAAAAAUUUGAAACUGAAAAAAAAUAACAAAUUUUUGAAACAGUGAAUUUUUUUUUGUAAACUUUAGAAACAAAAUUACAGUAUUCCAAACCUUGACUUGAAUUUUCAUUAUUUCUGAAAUAUUACUGUACAAUUUUGAUUAGUAAUUCAGAAUUCCAAAUUUUUUAAAAGUUCAAUUUGUGAAAAAUUAUCAAAUUAUUUAAAUCUGCAAAAAAUAUUUAAAAAUUAUUGAAACAGUGAAUUUUUUUGGUUGAUAAAAUUUUCAAAAUUUGUAUAAUUUUUGGGAACAAGCCGUAGAAAUCAAAAAAAUUUUCAAAAAUUUCAUCAACGAAAAAAUUCACUGUUUCAAAAUUUUUUUAUUAUUUUUUCGGUUUCUACAAUUUCGCUUGCUCUAUUGUUUCAAAUUGCAGAUUUCUUUGUAGCAAAUCUAGUUUUGUCAACUUCAGAAACUUUAUCUACAAUAUCCCAAACCUGGCUUAAAAUUUUCAAAAUUUCUGAAAUAUUACUGUACAAUUUUGAUACCAGAUUUUGAUUAGCGAUUCAAAAUUCCGAAUUUUCUGAAAAAUUAAAGAUAAACUACCAAAUGAUUUGUAACUGCAAAAAAAUUAUAAAAAAUUUUUGAAACAGUGAAUUUUUAUGGUUGAUGAAAAUUUGAAAAUUUGUAUAAUUUUAGGGAACAAGCCGUAGAAAUCAAAAAAUUUGAAACUGCAAAAAAUUAUAACAAAUUUUUGAAACAGUGAAUUUUUUAGUUUAGAAUUGUUGCAUUAUUCUACAGUUUUGGAGUGAAAAAACCAUUUUUUCGCGUUGAAAACAAAUUCCACGUAGAUUUAGGCCCUAGAAUAACCCAAAAUUAACCGAAUUUCAUCAACGAAAAAAUUCACUGUUUCAAAAAUUUGACAUUAUUUUUUCGGUUUCUAAUAUUCCGCUGUAGCAGAUUUUUUGGUUGCAAAUCUAGUUUUGUAAACUUCUGAAACAAUAUUACAGUAUUCCAAACCUAGACUUGAAUUUUCAAAAUUUCUGAAAUAUUACUGUACAAUCACAGUAUACAUAUUUUAUGGCAAAAAUUCCAGUUUAAUUCUGAAUUCAAAACUCAAUACGACAAGCUAUCAAAUUAUUUAAAACUGCAAAAAUAUUUUCAAAAUAUUUUGAAACAGUGAAUUUUUUUGGUUGAUGAAAAUUUUCAUAAUUUUUAUACACUUAUCAAAAAAAUUGAAACUGCAAAAAUUAUAAGAAAUUUUUGAAAAAGUGAAUUUUUUAGUUCAGAAUUAUUGCAUUAUUCUACAGUUUUGGAGUGAAAAAACCAUUUUUUCGCAUUGGAAACAAAUUCCACGUGUAUUUAGGCCCAACAAUUAUACAAAUUUCAAAAUUUUCAUCAACGAAAAAAUUCACUGUUUCAAAAAUUUGUUAUAAUUUUUUCAGUUUCGAAUAUUCCGCUGUAGCAGAUUUUUUGGUUGCAAAUCUAGUUUUGUAAACUUCUGAAACAAUAUUACAGUAUUCCAAACCUAGACUUGAAUUUUCAAAAUUUCUGAAAUAUUACUGUACAAUUUUGAUUAGUAAUUCAUAAUUCCAAAUUUUUUAAAAGUUCAGUUUGUGAAAAAUUAUCAAAUUAUUUAAAACUGCAAAAAUAUUUUCAAAAUAUUUUGAAACAGUGAAUUUUUUGGUUGAUGAAAAUUUAAAAAGUUGUAUAAUUUUAGGAAGCAAGCCGUAGAAAUCAAAACAUUUGAAACUGCAAAAAAUUAUAAGAAAUUAUUGAAACAGUGAAUUUUUUGUGAUAACAUUUUUCACAUUUUCUGGAUUAUUUCUGGAUUCAAAAAUUUUAAUUGAUGAAAAUUCCACGUGGAUUUCGGCUCUCAAAAUCCUCAAAAUUGGUUGAUACUUGGGCUAACUUGCGCUGUGUAAACAACGAUUUUUUCAGGCUAGAUUUGUCGAAAUUUGUGCUCACGGUGAAGCGCACGCUCAUUGGUCAGAAAGUGAGCACAGAUCAAGAACGUGAGUUUUGUUUUUUUUUUUUUUUGAAAAAUUUUUCCCUUCUCAACCCCCCAAGAAAUUUUUCAGGGAUUCUCAAGGCAAAACCGUAUCCUACAGUGAAUCAAUUCCCUAUUCCGCGCGGAAAGAAUAUCUACACAUUGCCAAAAAAUCGUGGCAAGGUGAAAAACUACCACGUGGUCUACACAAAUUCGCAUUCUCAUUUGAUCUACCCCCGAAUUUCCUGCCGCCAAGUUUUGAAUGUAUCUAUGGAAAUAUUCGAUAUUAUAUUCAUGUCACUUUGGAUCGACCGUGGAUUUGGAAUAAGAGAUCGAAGAAGUGUUUUACUGUGAUUCCACAGGUUAAUUUGCUCAAUUAUCCGUUUGCCACGUGUUAUACGGAAUUGGCGGCGGCUAGGAAUACUGGAUUGAUUUUUAAGAGUGGAAUUGUGGAGUUGAAGGUGGGUGGAAAAAUUUACUGUUUCAAAAAUCUAACAAAAAAUGCUCUUAUUCUGUGAUUUCAAUUUCUUUCAAUUCAAAAUUUUACUGCUUCAAAAAUUUGAUUUGACAAAAAUUACACCGAAAAAAAUCGUUUGAAUAAUUUUUAUAAUAUUUUACUGUUUCAAAAAUUUUGUUUAAGAAAAACAGGAUAAAAAAUUAAAAAUGACAGGAAUUUGAAAUUUCGUUGAAUACAGCUCUUCAAAAAAAAAUUUUACUUUCUCAAAAUUUAGAUUUGACAAACAUUUCACUGAGAAAAUCGUUAGAACAAUUUUGAAAAAUUCACUGUUUCAAAAUUUUGAUUAUCAUAUUUAGUGUCAAAAAAAUCCCAUUCUUUACAGGCCUCAAUUCCAAAACGUGGCUUCGUAGCCGGCGAAAUCGUGCCAAUCCAAAUCCACAUCAACAACUCCUCCAAAAAACCCAUAAUCGAGAUAUCCAUCAAACUUUUGCAAAAAAUUCGAGCAAUUGCACGGCGUGGCUCGAGUUUUCACACUUAUUCACCGAAUUCCACACAUUAUUCGGUGAAAAAUUAUGAGAAAACGAUUGAGAAACAUCAUGAGCAAUUGGAUUUGCCGAAAUUUACGAAAUCGGAUUUUAGGGUUAUGAUGAAAAUUCCGGUGACUGUGGCGACUUUUGAAGAAUGUCCUGUUAUUCAGGUAAGUGUUUUGGAGGGGCCUUUAGGCCUUAGGCCCGGCAUUAGUCUUAGGCUCAGAUUUCAGUUUCAAAUGAGACCUCAAAAUAACAAAAUUUUCACGUCGAAUAAUUUUUAAUGAAAUUUUGAAACAGUAAAGAAAGUUUUAUGUCAAAAUUUUGAAACGUAUUUUUUUGUGAAUUUUAAGACCCUACUAAAAAAGCUAAGCCCAACCUAAGCCUAACCUUAGCCUGAGCCUAAGCCUAACUUUUUCCAGGUCACCUACAUCGCCCGAAUCAAAAUCGAAAACGAUGAAAUGUUCAUGAGCAGUGUCACCUGCGAUAUUCCCUUAGUUAUCGGAACUAUCCCAAUUUUCACCAACUUGGCUCCUGAAGUUAGCCAAACUUCCGAAGCUCCGCCUCCAUAUUCAUUAAAUGAUUCGUUGCCACCAAGUUACGAAGAAUCGAUGGAAAAAAUCGAAAAAGACGAUUUCGAACCGUUUUGCCCGAUUUAUCCGGUUUUUCGAAAUUUACCGAGUGCGCCGCCGGAAAAUGCUAAUUAA